AUGGCUCCACAGAGAUAUUUCAUGGACAGACUUGGUUUAGAGCCUCAAUCUGGCAUCGCUACUUAAGAAUAACUUAAGGCAGGAGAAGUGUCUCUCUGGAAAGAGCAGACAAAGCAGUAAGAGACUGCUCUGGUUCUUAAGGACAGAGAUCAAAUUGAGAAGUACGUGCUUAGCAUCGUAAGAAACUACUUCAGAACCACCAAGAAGGCAAAGGUCGCUCUUGAUUCAAACCUUAGAGAGCAUGGACUCGACAGUCUCGAUCUAAUUGAAUUAGUUAUCCAAAUCGAAGAUGAACUCGGUUAUGUUAUUGAUGCAGAGAACCUCCUAAAGUUCCAAAAGCCAAAACACUUUGUCAACUUCAUUGCCUAACUUGAAGCCUACAAACAUGAAUUCCACAGACUUCCACAUGAGGGAAUUCAUGCUAACUUCAGUUUCAGAGAGGCAUUCCCAGGACUCCCAGGUGAAAAGAAGGCUAAGAAUGACCAUCACUGA